UACUAACGUUAGCUUCCAUCCCGGCUGUCAGGACAAAUUAACACGCGCCCGACACGGGCCAGCGACGCGAGGGGGAAAUAUCACCCUUUCUGUCUUUCCAUCUUUCUGCAUGCAUGUGCAAGCAAACCCUUUAUCUUUCUUUUCUCCUUCUUUUCCCCUUCAGCUUUCCAUCCGUUGUAAAACGGGAAAAUCCAACUUCCUCGGGAGUUGAGGCCAGUUACACUCCGUAUGGAAAAUGAGAAUGCCACGGGGACUCUCUGCAGAAAGUGCUGACUCGCGAGAAUGCAACCCCCUCAACCCCUUACAUAUCAUACAAACGGGGCCCUCCCGCCUACCAUCAACACAAACGCGUCUUCCCUCAUCCUCUACUCUGCUGACUCGCACACAAAACAAAUCCGAGUUGAUCAAUCGGCGAUCCCCCUCGAGGACAGGAAAAGGAGAAAGAAGAGUCACCGAUCUGAUCCGCCCCAUGUUCCUAAUCCUAAACAUCAUCAAGCGUCAGCCGGGGUGCAAUCGGGGUCAGCAAUUACAGUCAGCAGCCCACCGCGUACGGCUCCCUGGAAUCAAUAUUUGAAGCUGCACUCUCAUCUUCAUUAAAACCCCAGUCUCCUUUCGCUCGCCAGCAGGAAGGAGUUCGGCCUACUUCAAGCAUACAUACAGGAACGGACAAAGAAAAGAGGUAAGCCCUUGCAGCGACUGAACACAUUUUGCAGGAACAACGCCUUUCUAGCCCAACAGUAUGGCAUCCUCAGCCAAAACAGCCACGGACAAAGUACCAUCAUGAAGCGGCGACCAAAGGUUCGAGGCAGUACCGUCAAGCGAAACACAGUAGAAAGACAUUUUGGGAGGACCAAGAAUAAUAUUUGGACGAUUAAUGCCAUGCCGCCAGGUUUCAACCUCAGCAAUAAGCGGCACCAUACUACGAUACCCAGCACCUCCUCAGCAUCGACCGUUUGUUCCAAACACUUCUCCCGCUUUUCUUUUCGCCAAUACAAUCUGAUGGACGAUACCCCACGCCCGUGACGGCUUUCGAAACCCAGCCGUGGAAAACCAAGCUCUCAAUUUCAGGACAAUGUCCCUCCCAUACCCGAACGACCUGAAAAUCGCCGGAAGAUGAUCAACGAUGACCCAAGUGGACGAUCGUGACACAUCUAGAACCGAAGAUGGGAAACAGUUGUGUGAUGAGAAGCUGCGAAGACGGCUCUGCACCCCACCUUUUUGGGUGCUCAAGCCCGGAAAGAGAAAGGUAAAGAUUUCGCUCAAGAACGCCUUGCAAUGCUCAUAGAUAGUCGUAACACGGGCAAAAAGCAAGAUGGUAGGAGUGUGAUGUGGUGGUAAGUGUGAUGGCCACCCGUUCUUGACGAUGUGACAAUUGUUGGAGAACGGGGGCUGGUGGUUAUGUUGAUACACGGCGAAAAUAGAAGAUCACCAACAUCUAGACUUUACGGAAGUCUGGAUCGGUGGUCAGCAAGAGCCAAUUACAGUGACC